UGUGGAAGGGCGGGAGGGCACAGAAUUGGAUGGAGUAUCCCCUCUCUACCGUGCAGAACAUCCAGCGGUCCGAAGUUAUACGGGACCAUGCAUGGUAGAAAGGGGAUAGUCAGGAGGAAAAGGUAAGGCAGGGUGAAUCCAGUCUCUGGAGUGGUGCGCCGUCCUCGACCGCACCUUCAAAAGGCCGGUUUAGGGCCAUAGGGCGGUUUGGGCUGACCUUGAUUAGCGGAGGGAUGUUGCCUUCUCCUACCGCUCUGGUUCCUUCUCCUAGAAUUGUCCUGGCAGUUCUGCUGCUGGAACCUUUGAGGAGGUUGUGGGCGGAAGUGUCUCCGCUGUGUGGCGGGGAUACGCAAGCCCGAGGAUCUGAGGUUGGCUCGGAAAUCUUUUAGGCUGUGGAGCUGUUUGUCCGUAUUCUCUGAAAACAGAGUCUCACCCUCAAACGGGAGGUUCUGAAUUGUUUGUUGGACUUCUUAGAGAAGACUUGCAACCAGGCCCCCUGCCGCAUAGCCACCCCUGUUGCCGUGACUCUUGUGGCAGCAUCUAAGGCUGCCUGCAGUGAAGCAUGAGAGACUAAUUUCCCUUCUUCCAACAAGGCGGUGAACUCUGAUCGAGAGUCGGAAGGGAUGAGCUCCGUGAACUUAGCCAUGGAAGCACAAGUGUUAUAAGAGUACCUGCUCACAAUGGCCCGCUGGUUAGCAAUAUGGAGUUGUAAAUCACCAGUGGAGUAGAUUUUUUUCUACCCACGAGGUCCAGGCGUUUAGCAUCCCUAUUCUUUGGGGACGGACCUUGGGAACCUUGACUCUCUCACUGGUUAGCCACAUUGACGACCAGUGAGUCCGGAGGCGGAUGGGUGUAGAGAUGCUCAAAGUCUCUAGAGGGGAUGAAAUACCGGCGCUCAUUGCAUUUGGCAGUGGGUGGCCGGGAUGCCGGCAUCUGCCGUAGAGCCUUGGUGGUGUCCACCACUGUCUUUAUGAGGGGUAACGCUACCUAUGAAGGCCCUGAGGGGUGCUAGGAUGUCUUCCAUGGGAUCUGUGUCCUCAACCACCUCCUCAGCCUUGAUGCCCAAACCUUGGGCAGCCUUGCGGAGCAACUACUGUAGAACUCUGUUGUCCUCUAACGCAGGAGCUAUGAACGUCCUUACCAACGCUUCGUCCGGUGACGAGGAGGAGGAAGCGUGUACCAUUGGUGGAAGGUUCCUGCCAUGCAGUUCUUAAAUCCCGGGGACCGCAGCAUGCCACGGUGCUGGGGCUGGAGUGAGGGGGGACCCCAACUACUAUACUAUACUAAACUUUAACUGGAGUACUAACAACAACUAACUAACUAUAUACACGGAAUAAUGAAGAAACUUGCUGAGCAAGAGCCAAGGGAAGUUCCAACCACUGUCACUGGUGGUAAGAAGGAACUGAAGGGGUGGCGGGUCGGCAGAGCUAUAUAUUAGGUGCCAUAAGGGUGCGCCUCCAGGGGGUGCCAAGGCCGACCCGACAGCUGCUGCUAAGGGAAAAAUCUUUUGGCCAUCAUGCAUGUGAACACGCACACACCUGAUUGGAAUCGAACAAGCACUCAAAGAAAAACUUCUGUUUUGCCUAAAACUUGAUUUCUAAUAACGUGCCUCACUAAAGAUGGCAGAUUCAGCAAAAAAAAAAUGGUUUAAGAAAUGCCUGUCUUGUAACAACAAAUUUCCUAUCUCAGACUCGUACUUGUUUUCUGAUGCUUGGGUGAAGGGGACUUUACCCAGUCCCUGCCACAUCUGCCUUACAUUUACAAGCUGCCCAUUCAAGAAUGGAGUUUCAAAUCUUAUCCAUGCUGAUGGAGGCUUGGGGAGAAAAUACCCAAACACUAAAAGAGCUUUUUAAUCUAGUGGAUAAAGGCAUAAGAAUAACCAGUGGCUGGAAGCUGAAGCCAAACAAAUUAAAAGUAGAAUUAGGCACUGAAUUUGAGUCAUGAAGGUGGUUAACCACUGGAACAAAUUGCCAAGGGAAGUGGUGGAUUUGCCAUCUCUUGAAGUCUUCAGAUCAAGAGUGGAUGUAUUUCUGAAAGAUAUACUUUAGCCAAACAGUAAGUGAUUGGGCUCAGUACAGGGAUAACUGGGUGAAAUUUAAUGUGCAGAAGCCCAGAUAAGAUGAUCUAAUGGUGCCUUAUGACUUUAAACUCUCUAAAUCUGUGAAUCUGUGAAGAUCCAACCUUAGAAUGUCUAAGUCUGGGGCUAAGAAGGUAUGGACAUUCUGGAAGGUGGAAGAUGGGGCACAUCAGACUGAUCCACAUAUUCUUCAUCAGUGGUAAGAGACUGACAAGAAAGAGGAGACAGGACCACAAUUGCCUCUGAAGUCUGGAGACAGUGUAUCUGUAAUACCUGGCAGAAAGAAGUUCCCAUUCCAAGGAGACUCUGGUGUUGAAAGGGAAAUUCAUGUUCGUAGUGACAAAAAUUAAGUUACUGGCUCCUGUGCUAGCUGAGAAAUCAGAGGUGAGAAAAUAAUCCUCUUUCCUAUUGCUGAGACUACCACCUCGGCCCUUCAGUUCUUGGUGCCAAUCCAAUCUGGUGUUCAGAGUUUGGUUCUGAUUAACUUGAAGGGGUGGGAAUUGGUGUACUCAUCCCCAUCUCAGAGAUCUUUCUUGAUGCACCUGAGCAGAAGCCCCUCACCAAUUAAUCCUGCAUCUACACUGGGACAUAUGAUUCUCCUGAAAAUGAACACUGGGAACCGGGGACUUUGCUUUGACCUUGCUGCCUUGUGGGAAACAUGCCACUGUUUUACCUUCGUUGCCAGGUAUCUUGGGAUAGCCAUUGUCCUUAUUGUACUAAUGUGAAAACUGCACAGUCAAAGUCUGUAAGCCUUCCAAACCACCAGUAUAAUCUGCUCAACUGUGGUUGAAUGUGACAGAGAAAGUGACCCUGUAGAAGAGGAGGCAGAUACAAAUAUAUAUCUUUUCCAGAGGAUGUCAUGACCAAGACAAUUCAGCUGCUGUUAUGUGAGGUGGGAAGAUUUUAAGUAAGUUAUAUCCUGUCACUAGUAGAGGAAACCCUCCCAUUCUGAACCUUUAUCUCAGGUUUCUACAGUCCUCUUUCGAAAGUCUAAUAGUCUUUGGGAAUCAGACAAGACUAUUCACAAACCUUAACCCUUGUACCCGGGCUUCUUCUAGUCUUUCCCCUAUGUAUCUGGUGUUCAUCAACACAGUCUGCUUCCUAGAGUCUGUUUGAUCUUUUCCCUUUGGCCAGAGGAUUCUAAUAACUCUUCAUUCUUAAAUGCAGACUUGCCCAUCUUUUUCCAGGGAUUGCUUGGGUAUCUUCCUCUCCUUGGAUACCAGGAGAGCUUCCCUACCCAGCUUCUACUCUCUAAGUAAUCCUUCUUGCAGUGAGUCUAGGUAGCUCUUAUACCCUGAUUGUCCCAGGAGGUUGUGCUCUCUCUGGGGCCAUAAGUUCCCUAAAUGUCUGACCAUAAAUGCCUGAGUCCUACUAACAAGUAGGCUGGUGGCACCUGCUCUUAAGGGGACCAGCACACUGAAAUUUUCUGAGAGUAUAAUUAAAUACUUAUAAGAUCUCCCCAGAAGCACUGCACCUUCAAUUGACUUGUCUUCGGAGAAGGCUCAUAGACUGAACAUUGGGAACCACAUCAGGUGGGCAGGGUUGCUGUGCCCAUUAACAAUUGAUUCAGUAAUCUAAUCCUGCCAGGGAUUUAUGGAAGACCCCAGACUCUUGGAAGGUAGAUUAAUUGUACCACGUCCUGCCUUAAGGGUUUGGUUACUUACAUCAAGUAUCCAAGCCAGUCUUUCAUAGUUGGUUGUGCAACAAAGGAUUAAGUUAGAUAGCUCUGCCCCUGAGUAAUAAAGAAUGAUCGGAAACAUAUUCUUGGCUGGAAGUCAUAUUUAUCUGCCAUCAAACAGAUAAGUAGUAAACUAUCAUGAUCUCUUGAUUUGCUAUGACUUUUAUACCUUAGACAAGGUCAUUGCUUUGUUGACGUGCCUUCUACUUUUUUGGCACAUUUCUCAAAUAAUCCCUGAUAAACUCUAAAGAGUUAGUUAAGGGUGGAGUACAAGCCUUUAACUAGGUUUCUUUGCUUUAGUAAGAUCUCACUACGCUGCGUUAAAACAUUGUCCUUGUUUAAAAAGUUUAGAUGAAUACCUUGGACAGUCUUUCCUUGUUGUGGCUUUGGUGUGUUGAGCUAAAAUACCUGUAUCCUGGUCUUUGGUAAUCUUCUUUUGAUUACACAAAAGUAUGUAAAUAGAAUAAAUUUGAAAUCUUAGUUACAGAAGUCUGUUAAUGCUGUGAGUGCAAGCAUCCCAUUAAUGUGGACUUCUAUUGAGGCCGAAAUGUAUAAUUUUCAAAUUGUGAUUUUUUUCCUUAAUUUUAAGUUGAACAGCAAGAAACUAUGUAAAACAAAAUUGUUUAAGUAACAAUUCCAUAUUUGAUAACUAUCAUAUUUGUUAACACUGGUAGCUUUUGGCAGCCAACUCUUUCUUUAAUAUAAAGUCAUAUUGAUGAAUUUGUGGUAUUUCAUCUUUCUUUAACUCAAAUAUCCUUCAGCAAAGUUGCAGUAUUGUGUAGAAAUCUGUGAAGAUGGCUUAUUCUGUACAUUGUCAAAAAAUGUAACAAACUGCAGUCUUGUUUAAUCUUUCUGUUUUCAGUUAUGUUUCCUUAUGAAAGUGUCCGUUUUUUUUUUUUGUAGUAGAGCCCUGAAUAUGCUUUCCUGUGUCUUUUUGGGAAAGGCUAGCAAAGAAGUUUAAUUUUGAGAAAAUAAGUUUGGUACGGAACUACGACCAUAGAUUGAAAAAGCUAAAUAUGUAGUACAAUUCCAUCAAAUGUCAGUUUAUUUUCUAUCAUUGUGGAUUUGCAAAAUAUAUGUGGGGAAACAUGUCCUAUUCUCUUACCAAUUCUGUCAGAUUCACUGAUGUCCUCAACAACGGAUUAUGGCAUUGCCCAGCCCUAGCAAAAGGCAUAAGGCUGGUUUACACAUUUGUAUCUUUAUUAACAGCAGUAAUGGGAAACAGAAUUCAAUUGGAUUUUGAUAAAAUGUUGGUUUGAAAAGCUUCCCAGAUUGCUAAAUUUGAAAGCUACUGCUACAAUUUUUCUUUUUCAGACAAACUCCUUAAAAUAAAAGAAUAGAGGUUUGUGACAAUGCUCCCUUUGACAUAAGAUCCAACAGUACAUUUUCUCCAGAUAGCACUGAUUUCAAGUGGUAGUAUCAAAGUAAGAAAAUUCAAUGAAGGCUGCAUUCAAUCUUCAAUUAAGCUCAUUGUGCCCAGACAUUCCAUCUUACACAUUUUAAGACAAGCAAGGAUUUGGCACAGACAUCCUAUUUCAUGGCUACCAACAGCCUGCACCUUACUACCUUCUGUCUUCAGUACAAACCCACAGUGAUAGCAUGUGUGUGCAUUCAUUUGGCAUGCAAGUGGUCCAAUUGGGAGAUUCCUGUAUCGACGGAUGGAAAGCAUUGGUGGGAAUAUGUUGAUCCUUCAGUUACUCUGGAAUUGCUAGAUGAGCUCACACACGAGUUUCUGCAAAUAUUAGAGAAAACGCCUAGCAGACUGAAGAGGAUUCGUAAUUGGAGGGCUAAUCAGGCUGCUAAGAAACCGAAAGGAGAUGGACAGGUAUCUGAGAAUUCUCUUCUUGGUUCAUCUUUGGUCCAGAAUUCCAUUUUGGUGGAUACUGUUACUGGUGUAUCUGCCAACACAAGCUUCCAAAAAUCAUCCACAACGACCUUUCCUCCACCAGUACCUCUGAACUCAGGGAGUAUGUCUGUUCAACACAGUCAUGCACCUGAAAACUUGGCAAUAUUAGCUACAGGAAUGCCAAGUACCUCAUAUAGUUUGGCAUCACACCAGGAAUGGCCUCAACAUCAAGAACAAACAAGGACCGAACAAAUAUAUUCUCAGAAACAGGAAACUACGUUAACUGGUAGUCAAUAUAAUCUGAACUUCCAGUCAGGAACUUCUGUACAAUUGCAUUCUGGGUUACAUCACAGAUCUGACAAACUUACUGAGCAUUCCACUGGUAAACAAGACUAUGCUCACAAGUCAGGAAACAAACACCAUGGACAGGUUGCUGCUCCUAUAAUUCCUCAGAAAAUGUCCUUGGAUAAAUACAGAGAAAAACGCAAACUAGAAACCCUUGAACUGGAUGUAAGGGAACAUUAUGUAACUACCCAAGUAGAACAGCAACAUAAAAAGCACAUCCAACCACAAGCAGCCAGUAGCAGUUCUGUUACUUCCCCUAUUAAAAUGAAAAUUCCUGUUGCAAAUGCAGAGAAACCAGAAAAACAUUUGUCUGAUAAAAAAGAAAAGAGUGGAUCACUCAAACUGCGAAUACCAAUCCCACCUACAGAAAAGAGUUCCAGUAAAGAAGAUCUGAAAAUGAAAAUUAAAGUUUCUUCAGAAAGACACAGCUCAUCGGAUGAGGGCAGUGGAAAAAGCAAACACUCAAGUCCACAUGUUAGCAAAGAUAAUAAAGAAAAGCACAAAGAACAUUCUUCAAAUCGCCAUCACAGUAGCAGUCACAAGCAUUCACAUAGUGGUGGCAGUAGUAGUGGCGGCAGUAAACAUAGCACUGAUGGAAUAACACCAACUGUUUUGAGGAGUCCUGUUGGCCUGAGUAGUGAUGGUAAUUCCUCUAGUUCCGGCUCUUCAAGGAAGAAGUUGCACAGCAAUGAUGCUUCUCACAACCACCACUCCAAAUUGAGCAAAAGUUCCAAAAGUUCAGGUAGUUCAUCUAGUUCUUCCUCCUCUGUUAAGCAGUAUGUAUCCUCUCACAACUCUGUUUUUAACCUUCCCUUACCCCCUCCUCCCCCUGUCACAUACCAGGUGGGCUACGGACAUCUCAGCACCCUCGUGAAACUGGACAAGAAGCCAGUGGAGAACGGUCCUGAUGCCAAUCACGAGUACAGUACAAACAGCCAGCAUAUGGACUACAAAGAUACAUUCGACAUGCUGGAUUCGCUGUUAAGUGCCCAAGGAAUGAACAUGUAAUCAAUUGUUUAGGUCACUUUUCUUUACUUUUUUAAUUUAAGAAUUGUUAGAAUGGAAAACUUCUCUAGCAGUAGCAACACCAGCUGUUGUUGCCAUGGUUUCAGUAUAUGUAAGUGCUGCUUUUAUCCGUCACUCUGAAAAGAAGAGGUAUAGUAAACAAGUCUUUAUCUCCACAUACAAUAGUGUUAUAAAUACUGUAAUAGCAUGGAAGGUGCAAAAAUCUCAGUAUUUCUACAACUGCAGCUAAGAACAGUAGAAUGAUCAUCUGCUUUUAGGUGUCUAGAAUGCCUCAAGCAUUGAUUAUUUAUAAUUUUGAAUACUGCAGCCACCAUUUUUGUUGCUUAGCUUUUGAAUGAGUGUAAUUGUUUCCUUGUGUAUUUAUACUGUAUGUAUGAUUUGCAUGUUUCAAAGAUAAAGGGAUUAAAAACAGUAUACUGACAACUGUUUACAAGAAAGUGGAGAAAAAUGUACAUACAUUUUUGUAUGUUUAGAUAUACCAUAAAUACUCAGGAUUGGAGCUGCUUGUAAGUAUAACAAAAUAUACAUAACUUUAUUUUAUCUUGUGUCAGAGUCCAUCAGUAAUCUAAACAAAGGUGACGCUUUGUCAUGUUUAUCUUGAACUGUAGGCCUUAUUGGAAGCUGCUUAAAAGGGCACUUCACUAGAGUGGGUAAUCUAGUACCAUGUAUGGUCAUCCACGGGAGAGCAUCACCAAUGAGGCAAUAAAGGAGUUUGGGCCUCAGUUUGCUGAUUGUGACCAGAUUGACUGCUGAAAUGCGCCCCAAGCUUUCUGAAGGAAAAAAGAAUAAAGUUUACAUAAUCUUUUGAUGUGAAGUGCAUUUAAAUGUUUAUUGGCUUGAUGCAGUAAUAUAGGCAGAGCUGUUACUUAAUGAUUACGUAGAUUAAUGUGAGUUAAGAACUGAAAUUCAUAAAAACUUAUAGUGAAAAAUUAGUAAGUUGUUUUUUAAACUUUAAUACCAUAAGUUAUUUUAAUAGUAAACAGGGAUCACUGUUUCCAUUACCAUUUCAGAAUAAGAGCCAUGUUCUGAAUUCCAAAAAGUGUAUUUGUGUGUGAUGCCAUAUUUCUUUUACAGGUGAGAAUGCAGUCUUCACAAUAAAUAAGAGUAAAACUAUGAUAUCCCAACUUUCCUUUAUAUUCCAACAAUAAAAUAGUUACCACUGAUUCUCUGUGCAUUGUACUUGUGAUUAGUUACAAAAUUGGAGGUUACUUGUUUUGUUUUUAGCUCUGUGAAAAAUCACUCUCCAAUGAAACCACUAGUAUACACUUUAUCUGUCUGCAAGUGUCAUAAUAUGGCUUGUGUACUGUUUGCACAGUCUUCUGCCUUUUUAGAAGAAAUGAGAGACUUGAGUGUUUAUACAUCAUUUUUGUUGAAAGCCAAUACUACAGUUCCGUUUUACCAGCUGACAAUUAACUAAUUUUAUGGCUGCGCUUAAAAUCAUUAAUAAGCUGUGAAUGAAUUCAACAUAUAUUCAGUAUAAGGUAGCAAAAGCUGGUUCCUAGUGACUGUUUUGAUUUUUUUUUAAAUAUAUAAGAAGUGAAGUUUUGCUAAAUCCCCUGCACAUGCAGUUAGUACUCAGUGUAACUGGUUGUAAACACUUCAGAAUUUUAAUCUGAAGCUUAGCCCUUUAGUUCCAUUAUUAAAUGAAGUGCUUUAAACUACAAAAUUGUUCAGUACCUACCAGUUUGUAGUUGCUAUAUUAUGUAACUACAGGUAUAUCAAUUACUAUGUAAUACUCAGUUUCCAGUAAUGCAAAAGCUUGUAACUAAGUUUUAUUUGAACAAUGGAUACUACUUUGUACAUCUAAACAUUUUAAAUUGAAAAACAGAAUAAUGUGUCUAGGUCCACAUUUAGCCUUUGCCCAUGGAUAUACAGGAUACAAAACUUUACCCUUAACUGCUUUGAAUUUUUCUACAUUCAAAAAAAUAUACUUCAACAUUAUUACACUUGUUUCACAUUGUUGGAUAUGUUCUAACCCUUUGAAUAGUCUCUCCUCUCCACCUCAGCACUAAGUCUGAAGAAUUGUUGACAAAUGUAAGCAAUGUAAACUGUGCUAAACUAAUAUGCAGAGAUAGAAGAUAAAAUAAUAGUAAAUUGUGUUAAAAUACUCUUUACAAAGUAUCACAAUAUUUGCUUGUAAGCCUGUUAAAUAGCUGUACCAUGAAAUGCAUCUUAUGCAUACAAUGUGGAUACCGUAAUAUAUUGUACUAUAAAUAUAGCAUCUAAUGUUAUAACUUGGAGAAGAAAUGCCAGGCAGGUAACUGGUGAUGGUUAAAAGCAAAUGGAAAAAGGCCAGAGAUCUUCAUUUGAGGUGAUGACUUACACAAGUCAUUCACGUUGAUUCCAGGGGGUUGUGAAAUUACAUUGACAAAGGGUUGCUAUUCUAGGUUAAUGAGAAACCAUUAUUUCAAUUUCUUUGUAAAGAAUAUCAACAAAUAAGAUUAUUUUUAGUUUGCAUUAUAAUUGUGUAAAUAUGUAAAUCUGUACUGAAGUCUUGCUCUCUGAGAUUAGAGUUGACAUGGUGGAUAUGGGGGGUGGGGAACAGCAAGAUAUCACUAAUUCACACUGACUGAAACCCAUUGCAAAUUACUGAACUUUGAAUUACAGCAUGUUCCAACUGUUUACGGGAUCAGCAUUGGUCCCAUAAGUGAAUGAAUAAAUGCAAUAAAAAAGCUAAUACGCCACAAUGUACUUUGUUCACUUUGAUUAUAGUUUUGUUACUGUUUUGAGUGAAUUUAAUAGAAAAUACACUAUGUAUUUUGUAAAAAUGAAGUCUUAAUUCUGAAACCUCACUACAGUGCUCAGCUAUUAAAUCUCAUCAUUUUUGUGAUA